UUAGUUACGUAUGUUAACGUGUGUUGUGUCGUGCGGUGUGCGCUGAGUGCAUUACAUUCGUAUAUAGUAUACACAGUUUUCGUUUGAUACUAACAUUUAUCAGUAGUGUCCCUUAUCGUCAUCGAACUAUCCGUUUUUGAAGUCUUCGGCUCGAACGACCGAAUAACGAAUCGGACCCGACGCUUCACCUCGCGGGUGCUGCUUGCUUCACUUUCAGAUAGUUCGCGAAGAUUUGCUCGACAUGUCCUCCUCGCCUUGCAAGAAGGUUAGGAAGCUCGAAGAGUCCAGUGACGGCGAUGGAGUUGGCCCAGACAGCCUCGAUUAUAACAUCGAGAUUCAGAAAGCCCUCGAGGAAAUCGAUGGCUGUCAAAAUCAGAUUGACGGCCUUAACGAGAAAGCCAGUGAUGAGAUACUCGAAGUGGAAAAAAAAUAUAACAAGUUGAGAAAGCCAUACUUCCAGAAACGAAACGACAUCAUCAAGAGGAUACCCAAUUUCUGGGUCACUGCUUUUGUCAACAAUAAAAAGAUUGCUGAUAUUCUGGAAGAAGAUGAAGAAGAUGCACUAAGAUACUUGAACAAAUUGGAAGUAGAAGAGUUUGAAGAUAUCAAAUCUGGUUAUCGAAUUAAUUUUUAUUUUGAUGCAAACCCAUACUUUGAAAACAGUAUACUAACAAAGGAGUUUCAUCUCGGUUCGUCUGGUGACCCAGCAUCGCAAAGCACAGUUAUACAGUGGAAAGAAGGAGCAGAUUUAUCAAAAAGAAGUAAAGCAAAGACAGUAAUGAAAUCUAGAAAAAGGCCACUUGGCCACAGGUCAUUUUUCGACUGGUUUACGGAUCAUGGAGACCCUAGCUCUGAUGAAAUAGCAGAGCUGAUUAAAGAUGAUCUCUGGCCAAAUCCUUUACAGUAUUACUUGGCACCUGAUAUGGAAAUCGAAAAUGGCAUUGAUGGCGAUGAAGUUGACAGCGAAGAAGAUGAAGAUGAUGAAGAUGAAAUUGGUGGAGAAUGCGAUGAUAGUGUUGAAAUUAUGGAUGAUGACUUAGAUGAAGAUGAAACUCAUGAUUUGAUGGAGGAGCCUGGUGAUGAAUGUCAGGAAAAUGAAGAUGAGAAUGAUGAAGAAAAUGAUGAAGAUUACGUAGAUGAAGAAGUUGAAAGAGAAGAACCUGAAACAUUAGAUGCUGAGGGUCAGGAGCCAGAAUAAAUGUAUGAUUCAUCUCAAUAUAUUUCCUAUUUGCUUGGAUCUACAAAAGGACAAUCUUAAAUUUAAUUGAAAAUUAAUUUAUACAUGUGUAAAGCUCUUAGCUCAGCUCACAAUAAAAAUAAUUGUUCAGUUUGUAUGUAUACAAGUUUAAGAUAGGUAAAAUCGACGAUUUCCUACUAAUACUGAUCACUGAAUAACUGAAAAACGAGUUCUAUCACUGAGUUGGAAACAGCAUCUCUGUGAGAUGGCAUGUGGAUCAGUUUAAAAUUUCAUGAAAUAAAACUAACGAUGAAUCAUAACUUGAUUUUAAUCUAUUGACGUAGAUUUAAAAACGCUAAACUUCUAAGAAAAAGUUUUACGUUGUUUUUUGUAUUGCUUUAUUUGUAAGUUACUAUUGUACAUAGCCAAGCAUAAAUUCACGUUUAAACUGAAAUUUUUUGUCUUUAUUUCUAUAAUUUCAGAUUUCGUGGAAACUUUCAGUAAUUUUAAAAGUAUAUAUAUUCAGAUGUUGAAAUUAAAACAUAAAAUAUUCAAUUGUAAAUUUACUUUAAAUAUCAUAACUGUUGAUUGAUGCAAUCGACACAAUCUUAAAACAUAUAUCAUAUGAUGAACUAUGAAUUGAACCUAGUAUAAAAAUAAUGAGAAAUACCUGGUGAAUUUUUGUACAUUUAACAUAAAAUUUGAAUUCCCAGUAAUGAUAAUUCUCAUUGUGAUUUUACGAGGGAAAUUGUAAUUAAGUAACUUCUUUAAUAAAUUUUUGAUGGAAAAUAUUUAAA